AUGUUAGCUGUGGGGGCGAUGGAGGGCCCCCGGCAGAGCGCGUUCCUGCUCAGCAGCCCGCCCCUGGCCGCCCUGCACAGCAUGGCCGAGAUGAAGACCCCGCUGUACCCCGCCGCCUACCCCCCGCUGCCCACCGGGCCCCCCUCUUCCUCCUCGUCCUCCUCGUCCUCGUCGCCCUCCCCGCCUUUGGGGGCCCACAACCCAGGCGGCUUGAAGCCCCCGGCCGCGGGGGGCCUCUCGUCCCUGAGCAGCCCCCCGCCGCAGCUCUCGGCCGCCACCCCGCACGGCAUCAACGACAUCCUGAGCCGGCCCUCCAUGCCGGUGGCCUCGGGGGCCGCCCUCCCUUCCGCCUCGCCCUCGGGGUCCUCGUCCUCCUCCUCCUCCUCGUCCGCCUCGUCCGCCUCCGCCACCUCGGCCUCUGCGGCCGCCGCCGCCGCCGCUGCAGCCGCCGCCGCCGCCGCCGCCUCGUCGCGCGGGCUGCUGGCCGGCCUGCCCCGCUUCAGCAGCCUGAGCCCGCCGCCGCCGCCGCCCGGGCUCUACUUCAGCCCCAGCGCCGCGGCCGUGGCCGCCGUGGGCCGGUACCCCAAGCCCCUGGCCGAGCUGCCCGGCCGGACGCCCAUCUUCUGGCCCGGGGUGAUGCAGAGCCCGCCCUGGAGGGACGCACGCCUGGCCUGUACGCCCCAUCAGGGAUCCAUUUUGUUGGACAAAGAUGGGAAGAGAAAACACACCAGACCCACGUUCUCUGGCCAACAGAUCUUCGCCCUCGAGAAGACUUUCGAACAAACGAAAUACUUGGCGGGGCCAGAGAGAGCUCGCUUGGCCUAUUCUUUGGGGAUGACGGAGAGUCAAGUCAAGGUCUGGUUCCAGAACCGCCGGACCAAGUGGAGGAAGAAACACGCGGCUGAGAUGGCCACGGCCAAGAAGAAGCAGGACUCGGAGACCGAGCGGCUCAAGGGGACUUCGGAGAACGAGGACGACGACGACGACUACAACAAGCCUCUGGACCCGAACUCUGACGACGAGAAAAUCACGCAGCUGCUGAAAAAGCACAAGUCGAGCAGCGGCGGCCUCCUGCUGCACGCCUCGGAGGCCGAGGGCUCGUCCUGAGCGCCGCCCGCACCGCACCGCGGGGAUCUCGGCCGCCCCGAGCGCGCCCCUCAGCCCGUCCCCCACCCCCAACCCGGGCCCCAGCACCCCGCUGCUCCCCGGGCCUUUACUAUUUUCUAAGAUGUACAUAUCUAUUUUUUUAACCUAGAAAUUGUGGCGGGGCUGGGGGGGGGUGGCGUAGGACGGCGCGUGGAUGAGAAGGGAGCCCGCCGACUGCACUGCGCAAAAAACAAAAAAACAAACCCGCAGCCGAACCCGCAACCCCGCGGCUCCCCAGGACCCUUCCCAGCCUCGACGUCAGCACUGCCCCCCCCCAUCCCCCUGCUCCCCAUCCAGGCUCGGUCCCUUGCUCUGCGGUCCCUGAGAUCCCGGUCGUGUUUCCGAAGAGUCGCCGGCCAGCGCCUGGUGGGAUUCUCCGAGCCACGCAGGGCGUCGCCCGCCGCCUAGGAAAAAAGGGGACCGAGGCUCCCGCUGCCCACAACUGCUCUGCCCACUAAGUAACCUGUUGAAGGCUCUAUGUAAAUAAAUCGUGAGUCACACUGACUAGAAGUUACUUUAUUGUGAAUAUUUAAAAUGUAAAAUGCUUUUUGGAAUUUGGUAUAAAGAGAUGGCUACCUUUCCUCCCGUUGGUUUUAAGAGAUAUUCACACCACUUGGCCGUCUUUCGUUUUAACUCGGGAAUCUCAGAAAAGAAUGUCAUCGCCCUCCCCAGACACCUCCCGACUCACUCCUCUUACGGCUCUGGAUCUUUCCUAACCGUUCAUCCCCCUUCGCCGAUUCUAGCGAGCCCGGCCAACCUCGCUGGGCCCCAGGGCAGCCCCAGGUCCCCCGCCCCACCCCAGGACUUAAAGCCUGAAAUUGCAGGACCUGCGAGCUUCUCACACCAGCUUCUGGGUUCCCUUCCGAAAUUGCACAGUCGUUUGUUGCUAUUUAUUAGUGAUUUAAAGAAAAUAUUGGGGAGGGAGGGGCUACAAGACCUUGUAUUUAAUUUAACCCCUUUCUGAUAAAAAUGCGUGUUAAAAGUAGAUGGUGGGAAUUGUUACAAGCGCUCUGGGUCAGAACAUAAGAAUUCCAUUUAGUUGCUGUAAUUAAAUUCGAAGUGUUUUUGUAUCAUAAGAAUACUAUAGAAUAUGUAAAUUGUUUUCUUUUUAAGCUAAUAACGGUGAUAUAUUAGCCUCUUUAACAUUUAUUAAUUUAUACCAGGAAUUCGGUUUGUAAAGAAAAGGCAGCCCCUUUGCAAGACCCAUGAAAUGUAAUGCACUUUCUGUUUUAAAGGAUAAAUCUAAUUAAAAACAGCAACAAAAAAUAGUUUGAAUAGAGUCUGUUGCCUUGAAUGAAUGGGUACAGAUCACCUGGCCUCAUCAGACAUUUCAA